GAGCCGUGCUCUCCAGAGCGCUGUGUGUGUAUGUGCGUGUGUGAGGAGCAAGAGAGGGUGGGAGAGGGAGAGAGAGCUGGCAGUCUAUUUGCCUUGCAUAACAUACGCUGUAGCUCUCACACGUAGGGCUAGUGAAACAGCACAGACAAGGGGACUUCCUUUACCCUCGGCCCUGCGAGCGAUCGUCAAAGGAGGCGGAGGAGAGUCAGGACUGUGGGAACACUGGACAUGGAAGCCAAUCUAAAUCAGAGGAUUGUGUGUGUGACCUGAUAGCAGAGCUAAACCUGGACAAAGGACAGCUUGCCAGUGGGUAGAGUGAGUUACACUUCUAGAGCAGGGAGAGAGUUGUUAAAGAAAGAAUACAAGAGAAGAUAUUUUGAAGAACGUUGGUGACCAAACAACAUUGGACCCCAUUGACUGCUAUUGUUAGGACCAAUAACCGCAAAAGAUGAUUCCACAUGAAGCCCCUGUAUUCCUUUAUCAGAAGAGAUAUGACAAUGGCCAAGACUGUGAUCAAACAGGAGCAAAGCUGUAGAACAAUGAAAAUCUUGACAACUGAGUUCUACUUUAACACAUCCUGAUCAAGACGUGUCGUUAAAAUACGGGAAAAGCUCCAAGACCAUGAAGUCUAACCAGGAGCGCAGUAAUGAGUGCCUUCCGCCAAAGAAGCGGGAGAUCCUAGCUCUAGAAGAGAAGCAGGUGCUGGUGUCAGCUGCUGUAAGUGAGAGCCAGAGUGGAGAGAAUUUGGCUUGGCUAGCUAGCGUUGCUACCAUGGCUAGCAUGGCCCACAUCCCCAACAAUGCAGGCAGUAACAUUGCUGAGCCUGACAGCCCCCCACCAUCAAAUAAACCUCUCACUGUGGUGACAGAAUAUCCUCCAACGACCACAUCUGCUGGGUUUUCCAGUUUUUCCAGUAGCUCCACAUACAGAGGAGUCUUUUCUGGGCCUACGGUGCUAACAGCCAAUCCUGCUGUUCUCUCCACUAGCCUUCCUCAAACCAUAGGCUCCGUCCAGUAUACACAACUUCCCCCCAAUCUCCAGCUCAUAGGCCCCUAUACAAGUUACAUUUCUUCUCAGAUUGUACCAUCCACAACCAGUCAAAUACAGCCACGGAGGACACCCCACGAGGUCUUGGCCACCACAGCCGUCAUCUCCCAAGCUUCCAGCAUCGAUUCACACAGUCAACAUGUAAUUUCCGCUGGUCCAAAUGUUUCACAUAGUCAAUGCAUCCAGGUGGAGAGUGCCCCGCUGGGUUUAACAGUUUCUUCCCCUACUGCUCAGUUGCCUCUUCAAAUCCAUCCACACUCUGCUGUUCUUGCCCCUCAUGGCUUGGCUCUCGCCCCCUCCCAAGUGGUGCUACACUACACUGAUGGCUUCAUUGCAAAGCAACCAGACUCCCAUCCCAGAGAGCUGCAGAAUGGUGCCCUUGGAGAGGUUACUGUGGUCAAAAACACUACUACUAUGGCCAAAGGAAUCUCCAGCCAACCAGAGGCUCACCAGAACCACAAGCAAAAUCACAACUUGGGCCUCCAGACCCAAGCUCAGGUUCUGUUCCCGGCAGACUACAGGUCUCAUGACAGAGCAGGCCUGCAGACAUCGGUGAUGUUGGUAUCCAGUAGCCACCUUGCAGCAAGCAGUAACUCAGAGCUCCAAAGCAUUUUGGGUAAUGAGCAUUCAUCUUUGCAGCUUACUGAGAGAGGAGGCAUUUGCCUAGGCAAGCCGAUGACCAGAGUGUCUGCUCUUGCAUCCUUAGACAACCAGGUAUCUCCAGCCUCCAGAAUCUCCCCGCACACACUCCUACAGGCUCCUCACAACACUCCUCAACAGGAGCUCCCAACCGGCCUUUACUCUGCCACGCAGCUCCCAAUCAUUGGCUACAUCACUAGUUCUGCUAGUGGGGCCCAGCAAGCAGUGGCUGGUUACCAGAGCAACCUGCCCCAGCACGUGGUGAUCUCAGGCAGCCCUUCCCUACUCAUUCCAGUGAGUGCCACUAACAUCAAUCCAUCUACCGCUGAACCCGAGGUCACCCGCUGUUCUGUCAUCCCCAGCAUAGCCAAUACAUCAACAGCUCUGCAUCAGUCCUUCAUCAAUACAGCCGCACCUGCAGCCGCAGUCCUGCCUAAUGGGAAAGACAUCACAGGGUCUGGUGCAAGUCACGCACCCUGUGGCAUUCAAAGUCCGACCCAAAUACAGUUGCCUGUUCUUUCAGCAAGUGUAGUGAGAUCUCCAGUUCCCAUAACACCUCCAGCAUCCACGAGUCCUCACAGCUCUCCGUCAUCACCAUCAGUGGGCCUUCCACCGUUUUUCAUGAAGGGCUCUAUUAUCCAAUUGGCGGAUGGCGAGCUGAAGCGUGUGGAGGAUUUGCGGACAGAGGACUUUGUACAGAGUGCAGAGGUGAGCGGAGAGCUGAAAAUCGACUCUAGCACUGUGGAGCGCAUAGAGUGCAGCCGUACACCCAAUGCUGUUAUCAUACAAUUCUCAGUGGGGGAAAACAGGGCACAGGUGUGUGUAGAAGUACUGGUGGAAUAUCCUUUCUUUGUGUUUGGUCAAGGUUGGUCGUCCUGUUGCCCUGACCGCACCACCCAGUUGCUAGCGCUGUCUUGUGCCAAACUCUCUGUUGGUGAUGUUUGUAUCUCUCUCACUCUUAAAAGCUUAAAAAACAGCAUUCAAAAGAAAGAUUACUUUUCGGACUCUGUGAUGAAACACAACAGCUCUCAUCUAAAAGCAGCCAAAAGUAAUGGGCCAACUUACGAUAGACCAACCCAGAUGGAGAGUCAUAAGAGGGGAUGUAAACUUACAUCAGGAGAGGAGAACAGUUUUGUAGGAACACUGGCCGAGGCUUCCAACCCUGGAAACGUUUUGACCCUCUCAAAGAAUGGUGGCGUAAGCCCUCAGACAAUGGUGAACCACCAGGACCAGGCAGUAGAAACAUACACAUCUGGUGCUGACAGAGCAGUUAGCCGCAAGAGGAGAUGGUCUGCCCCAGAGAGAGGGGAAGUGACGAAGUCACAGGAGGACCCUCAGAUUUUACCCAAAUUUUCCUUUCUCCCACACCAGGUGAAGGUCAGCAUUGAGGGCCACUCCAGAACAGGUUCCUGAGGGGCCUCUGAACAACACAGAGCAGUGGUGGGGAGCAAGUUGGUCACUUACAACCAAGACGUACAAUUAUAGCCUUACUCAACUAAUCCAGACUUCAAGAGAUGACAGUUUUGAUUAAUUGAAUAAAAUGUUUUUGCUUGGUGUCCAAGAAAAUGCUUUGCUUCAACUACACAGACCCACAAAACGUUCCCCAUUACUGCUAUAGACCCACAAUCAAAAAGGGACAAGAUUCACAUUUUGCUUUCCUGUGACAUUCGUAUCCAGGUUACUGUAAUGUUCAUUUUACACAAGAAAAUGUGUGAUUAUUGGAGUUGUGUCAAACUUUUUUAAUCAGCUUUACAAUUUUGGGUUGUAGAUUUUAGGUUUGUGAGUAUUGCCAGUUCAAUUUUCUCAGCCUGCUGUGUGUUUUGUGUUUAGUCUCUUGUUAGGUAUACUAAAUUCAUUCAUAAUCAGGGCCCUGGAUGAGGACUGUUACAAGGAUUUAUGGCAAAAGGGUAACAGUGAGAUAAAUUAUUUGUGUGAGUAUGAUCAUGAGUGCAUUUUGGUGAGCGAUGAGUAUUAUUAUCUCGACAGAAGGCACCUUCCAAUUGUUACCAUCCCAAAUAGACCAAGGUCAAGUAUAGCAUGAAUAUACAACAUUGAAUGUUCAAUGAUUUAGUUUUGUUUGAAAUCAACAGUUGUUAGUCUUCUAGAUAUGCAAUACUGAGCUUUCACAUACCUCACAUAUGCAUUUAACAGAUUUCCCAAUCAGAAGGCCUGAUCAAAUCUGUGAUUUCAGUUGUGAGUGAGAAAGCCUUGGAGAAAUCUUCACAUUGUCAAUAUGUCUAUAAGAGAAGUUUCCACUCAAGUCAGAAUAUUAGCACUUUAAAGAAAGGGAAGUGAAUGAAUGAAGGAAACAUUCCCACCUCUGUUUUGUAACUAUAGCGACAGACAGUUUUGAGUACUGUUAGUCAUUUUGUGCAUUACAACCUUUUAGGUGAAAUGCACUGCUCAUUUAGAUGUUUUUUUUUAGUAAUAAUAAUGUCUUUUUAAGUAUUUUGGGCCUUACUUAAUCCAGCUGCAAUAAUGAACGCUCUCUUUAGGACACAACAACAAAUAAAUAUUUUGGUAGCAUCCUUUGAAAUCUGACCUGUUUUAGGAAACUGAAUAAAUCUAUUAAAGUUCCCAUAAAACCAUACAGAUCAAAUGCAGGAUCAAAUUUAACAUUACACUAGUAUGUUCUGUUUCAUGCUAUCUAAAUCUCAAGAUUUAUUUGACAUAGGAUAAAAAAAGAGCCUGUGAAGGAGAUGGAAGAACAGUCUGUACAAUAUGUUGUACUGUUGUCAAUAUUUCUACCAUUGAAAAUAUGUUGAAAAUACAUUUCUAAAUGUUUUUAGCGGACAAAACAAACCACAGUCACAACCUCAUAUUUGUUUGUAUCAAAUUAGGUCUAUCAGCCUAAUGUAGGUCAUUGUAAGAUUUUACAGUACAUUACACAUUUUGGUUUCUUUACACUUAGCAGUUUGUCAAGAGUGGCAUAAAAUGCUUCACUGUACCCACCCACAGAGUUACUCUAAAUACAAACAAACAAACGUGACAACCCAAAUGCUGAAUGUUAAAUAACUAUUUUUAAAUUUUAGCAUCUAUUUUCUUUACUUCUUGAUCUUUGCUGUGCUGUUCAUAUUAAACAAGAAAUUUGUUGAAUACAUUCGCAAUUACAGAUAAGGUUAAAAACUAUUUUAAAUGAUGGAUAUAAUUGCUAUAUUCCAUAAAUAUAAUUAAAAGCCUUAUGGAAUUGUUUUCAGAUGCUUUUUGUGCGUGAAACAACUUUUCUGACUGUUUAAUAAACUUAAGUGCUGUUAUACAGUCAGAAAAAGUAUUGGAAUACAUAUAUUUUUUUGCGAUUUGCACAAGUAGAAAUAUUAAAGUAGAUUAAAGCCAAUGGAGACUUCAUAUUGCCAGCUCUGUGGUUCAUCUAAAUGCUAUACAUUCUGAUAUGUGUGGUUGUCAACAGAAGUCACAUUAAGGCAUUGUUGUGUGUCAAGAGUAACAUUCAGAUGGAAUCACAAUAGACCUCAUAUAGUAGAAGUUAUGCACGAUUGCACAUUCAUUCCUAUUUGGAUAGGUUUAUGCACUUUUGAAGAGAGAGGACAAUGAAAGAGAGACAUUAAAAGUAUGGUUGAUCGGCAGCCAGCAUUUACAUGCAGCUACAAUAUGUUCAAUGCAGUCUAUUGUAAUGGUGAUAUUAGUAAGGCAGUAAAAAGCUCCGCGUUUCGAUACAAUAGACUAGAAACAAUUACGAAAGUGUCUGUGUGUCUGGAUUGUUCUUUGCUUCAUAUGUACUAUUGUUCUCUCUCUCUUUUCCCUUUGUAGCUAUGUACAUUUAAAUCUCUGUGGAGAACUUCAUUAAUAAUAGUCAGGUUUUUUUAUUUUUCGACCUGACAAUAGCCAUUUAUUGUUUAUCUAGGCUACAUCGAAUAUAUUAUUAAGAUGAAUGUCAACCACUUGAAGGCAUAAAGGCAUUACAGAGAAUUAUACCAUUGUCAAACUGCAUUCUCAGGUUGAGAAACUGGCCCAAGGACUGUUUUUGUUCCUGUAUUCGUUUUUGCAAGAACCAUUCAGAGUUACGUAUGAAACUGAGCUGGAGUUCACUUUGGCCCCAGUGCUGUGAUUCAUGGGAACUAACUGGAUGACUAUUGCUCCCUCUACAGCCCAUCACUGUACAUGCACCCAAUGUAUAAAAAAAGCAUGACAAGUUGUGAAUGUAGCUCAUGCGCUUGCUUCGAAAAUGUGUUCGUAUGGAAAAUGCAACAUUCUGUUGUAUGUACAAUGCUGGGCAUCAACGAUAUGGAUUUUUUGUAAUAUAUAUCCAAAGACAGUCAGAAUUUUGCUGUAUGCAAAUGCCUCAAUGAUGUAUAGCCAGGAAUAGUUCUAGCAAUAGCACAAGGCCUCAUUAUGGGUUGGGAGACCAAACUUGACGUCUAGAUAUCGACCUACUCAGAACACAUGCAGUCACUGAUCUCGUUGUUUCCGUUUUGAAUAUUGUCGUUCUGGGAUAGAUCUUUUACCUCCCGUUAAACCUCAAUCGCCGGAGAGACACCUUAAAAAAUAGCACAUAACUGAUUUCUUGUUUACUUAUAUAUUCAGUGUAAAGUACUAUAUUUGUGUGACUCGUUGUACCUGUGAUAUUUUUCUCAUUCUUUGGAAAGCUCCUUUUGUACAAACUGACAAAAAGCAAUGAUGACAAAAGUCACCCUCAACUUUUCUAACUGUGCCGUGUUUAUGUGAACAGAGCAUCCAGGACUGUUCCGUGGAGUCAGUGGACAUUUCUUUGGUGGUGCUUGCAAGUUUUUGUAGUUAGAGCUGUUUUGAUUUUUAUGAAAUGGAAGGGAACAUUGGACUCGACUUUUGGCAAUUAUAUCCAGUUCAAUGACUUCCUGUAUAGUACAAAUCUAUUGUAUCUGUAUAAUCACUCGAAUAAAAUACUGUGCCAAUUUUAGCUGCCUCUUUCAUUUGAUGCACCCCGA